AUGACCAGGUUCAAUAAGGAAAGGUUUCAGAUCCUCGAUCUACAUAUCACUACCAUAGUCUCAGUUUUGACAUAUGCCAUUAAGUGUGAAGCAUUCAAGAUGUCCUUGUCUAAGACCCCACCAAAGUUAGUAACCGAAGUACUCGUACGAGCUGAGAAAUACAUCAAUAUGGAAGAAACCAUGGCCCCAAGAAGAAAAGUUUCCUCAUCAGGAAAGUUCGAUCAGAAAAGGCCGCACGAGUCCAAUCUGAGACAAGAUGCACCUCGGGUCAAGCUAAGGCAGGACCCCUCCUCAACAUCCUUUACCCAUUUAAACACCUCGAGGUCUAACAUUCUGAUGGAGAUCAAGGAUUCGAAGGAACUUAAGUGGCCUCCUAGAUUGCGGUCUCCACCCGAUACUCGUGACAAGAACAAGUACUAUGAUUUCCAUCAGGAUCAUGGACAUACAACAGAAGAUUGUUUCACCUCAAAGCGGGAGAUUGAAACUCUUAUAAAAAGGAGAUUUUUGGGCUCUUAUGUUUGCAAUGACAAGCACCCAAGGAAUAAUCAGAAUAGGGACAAGGCCCCAGAGGGUCGGGGAAACAAGCAACCAACCGCAGGUAUUAUUAAUAUCAUUUUUCGAGGAGCAACCUUGGGGAAAGAUUCUAGCAGCAGGCGUAAACAAUAUGCUAGGCAACCUUCAACUAUCUCAAAAUCAGAUCUUGGUUCUACAGAAGACAUCACUUUUGGAGCAAGGGACUUGGAAGGCAUAUAA